AUGUUUCUCACCAGGUGAAUGAAGAACGGACGUUCUGUUUUCGGUUAAUUCGAAAUCUGAUCUUCUUUCUGCCCUCCAUUUCCCCCCCCUAUAUUUUACGGAAACGAUCGGCCGAAUUUCUCUCCGUGUUCAUCUGGGUUUCCAUGGGUUGCCUGUGGCUGUUCUCAGGACGGAGUAUGAUCGGGGAGUCAACACAUUCUCUCCUGAGGGUAGGCUGUUCCAGGUCGAGUACGCCAUCGAGGCCAUCAAGGUGGGCAUACUCCGAGGAAGACGCGCGGAAAUCUGAAUUUUCGGAUAACUGAUUUCAAAACCUAUUCAUUCUUCAUUUUUAGUCAUCUUUCUUUGUUGCAGGUUUUGAAAUUCUAAUCUAUUUUUCUUUCUCUGCCGUCUGAUUAGUUGGGUUCUACGGCUAUUGGUCUGAAGACGAAGGAAGGCGUUGUGCUUGCCGUCGAGAAGCGAAUCACCUCUCCUCUUCUGGUCCGCACACCGUGCCUAUUUUCAUUCCUUUUCAUUGUUUUUUAGAUAUAACUUUUCCUCAAAUUUGGGGGAAGGAACUCGUAAUCUCAUUUGAACCACGGACUAGUAUGAUUCGUAGUAUCGUAGGGGAAGAUAAAAAAACAAAUGGCCGAAGGUUCGUUUAGUAAUACGCCUCGGAGCUGUGUUUCAAGGUGCAUGCUCUUGAUGAAUCCUUCUGAUGAUGCUAAAGGAUUCAUGUGUGUGUGCCAGACUCUUUACGUGAUUUCUCCUCGAAAAUAAGGUUAGCCUGUUUCAGUCUUCCUAACAGAGUCCGUCUGCUUUUGUGUAUUGCUUUGCAACAUAAUCCUGGUUUUCUGCAUAGACAACAUUUAUGGUCAUCCUAGAUUCAUUGUAACAUACUCGAAAACCCUUGUAUUGGUGCCCUCAAGUUGCUCAACCAGCUGACGGAAGGUCUUCCCACUUUUCACAUCGUCGAGGAAUGCCAAUUAGUAUCUGAGUCCAGCCGUGAGAGUCGAGACUUCAGAUGAUAGAAGCAGACAAAUACAUUUUUAGCACAAAGAGGUCUUCUGCGUUAACCUCCGAUAACCUUUCAUGUUACCAUUCUCAAAGACAUGAAUCCUCUAUAAGUGACAGAGAGAAUCUCUUUUAUCAUCGAUAUUAUUUUUGAACUUAGGUGUGCUACCUCACGAGUUAGCUACGAGUUAGCCUGGGCUGUAGCAUUGCUACUGAUUUCUUAUUCAGUUUACUCAUAUGUGAUGGUAAAAUUGCUGGCGUAUCAGCUAUUUAGAUGGAUUAGUUUUCUAGGGCAAUAUUGUCUUACAUUUUCGGUCUUUUCUUAGUUGAGGGAGAAUACCUUCUUUCCGUAAAAUCAUAUGGUGAGGAGUAAACGGCGUAACUUUAUGAACCCUAUAGGCAUACUCGCUUCUGCAUGAAUGAACCCUUUCAAACCGGGCCCCAAAUCCAUGAUUGCCCUUGUUGGGAACAAAGUCUCAUUUUCUACGGUGGGAAACAGUUUUUUCCUGCAGUGUAAUUUUAUUAGCAGUAAUGAUUUACCGUGCCUUUGCACCACUAUACCUUGCGUGAUCAUUUUUAGUAGUGAAAUCUUCUUGCUUAGCAUGCUUCUUGAUUCCCAGUAUCAUAGUUUCCCUAAAACGUGUAUGCAGUCCACUCUACUCUAUUAAAUCUAACCCGUUUAUAAAUGUCCAUUUAUGUACUUAACCGUUAUGCGAAUGAAUUUUAUGGUGGACGCAUGGAGAGGUGAUGCGAUCUUGUAUCGGAUAUCUUUCAUGAGAAAGAUGAUAUCAUCAAAAUGGUACCAAUCAAUUGUAGGGGCCUGAGAUAGCUUGCAGAUGUAAAAAAAGAAACUGAUAGUUGGAUCUGUUUAGUCAAGCAAUCAUUUUUUUUUGUGAGAUUCUCUUAAGGGGAACAAGAAUACUGACAGGAACCUUUUUUAAAGUGGUUUCUUCAAAUAAAAUUGAAAAUUAUAGAGAAAAUAUAUCUCAUGCAAUACAUAUCUUUAGCACUGUUUUGAAUCUCAUGCACAUAUUUCGGUGUAUGUUCAAGUCCUUUUCAACCAAAAAUAUUAAAUCCGUGGGUAUUGGUGUACGAUGGCAUCAUUUCGAACCCUUAUUUUUACUGAUUUUCUGUUGUUUCCAGUGUUGCUCGGAGGAUGACUAGCAAUGAUAGGAUGCAUGUAUAAAUUGCUGAUUUCGUAGGAUUCAUGCAGUUAAGACUUGAAGUGCUUUUCAUAUGAUUUUCUCUUAAACAUGUGAAUUUUGCUGUUUUCCUCCAAAAUGUCUUGAACCCGUCUCUUUCUGAGAGUUGCGUCCUAAGAUUUUACUGAAUAAUGUGGAAGGAAUUUAUCUUAGAUGUUGGGCACGUUAUUGAUUGUGCAAUCUUUGUACCUACUCUGUUUCCUUUUCUUUCUUCAGCAUCUUCUACUUUCUUGAACUCAAUAGAAAACUGUCUGUUGUCCGAUUCUCCAGGAGCCAAGCAGUGUGGAAAAGAUCAUGGAGAUCGAUGAGCACAUAGGAUGUGCUAUGAGUGGUCUUAUAGCUGACGCACGGACUCUGGUGGAACAUGCUCGUGUUGAAACUCAAGUACUGUUUAACUUCCUAAUAAUUUCUAUGCUGUAGUGGAAAUUUCACAAGAACAUUGGAUUAAAUGAACAUUCAUUUUCAUCAGAAUCACAGGUUCUCCUAUGGAGAAGCAAUGACUGUUGAAUCAACUACACAAGCAUUAUGCGAUCUUGCACUUCGGUUUGGUGAAGGAGAUGAAGAAUCCAUGGUAAUGAUUGGUUCUGCUUUGUGAGCCUUUUAUUUUUUUUGACACUCCAAGAGACUUUUGCACUGGUACAGGUGAUAUUUUUAUUAUCGUUUGGUUUCUCCUUAUUCUCUGACCUCUCCUUAGAUUAUUAUUUAUUUUGCAUCCAGAAAUAUUUAAUGGUUCUUUACAUGAUUAGAAUGAUAUUGUCCUCUCCUCCUCAAUUCAUCUCUGAUCUGUGAUUCCUAAGGUAAGACACAGAUUUCGUUUCCAGUGAAUGGCUGAUUGUCAGGAAAAAAGAAAAAACAUGAUUUAGUAGCCGUUGCUGUAUUUAUAUCUGUGCGGAGAUGAAUACCUUCCUUACCAUCGUUCUCCAUUGCUGUCUCCCUGCUCGAGUUGGAGGUUAUUGAGAGUGAAUGCGAUAAACCCCACUGUUCUUGUCCUCCAGAACAAAAAUGUUGUUUGUAGUCGUCUUUGUCAUUGUGUUGUGACUGGUGCUGUUGAUUGGGCAAACGUAAACCAUUGAAGUUUUACCUUUCCAGUAAAACUUUUAGUACCUGGGUGCCCUGACGACGGGAGUGUCUAGUACUGUGACAGACCGGAGGAUUACGUUUCCCUUCAGUUUCUUGUAGUGAUAGACUGUUGAUAUCUCAGGGUGGAACCCCCCCGCUGCCUUGGGUGUUAUCUAUUUUCACGCUUGAUGUCUUUGGAUUGGGAACAUGCUUGUUAGGUUUGUAUUUAUGAAUACGUCCUUGAAGAUCGUCUUAUGGGUAAAUGAGUAUGAUCACUGGCUGGAAAAGGUUCCUGGAGUCUGUUAGAAGCACACUGCCACUAGUUGGCUACAUUUUGGCCGCACUGAGUCGGUUCCAGUUAAUGCCUUUAGCUGGAACCGCAGAAGAUCAUUUUUUUCAGACAUGUCACUGAGGUAGUCAAUUAUCUGAUUCUGUUGGGGUGGUCCGGAGAGACAGUACUAUGUGGGAAACCUGGCAAUCUAGAUGUUCAGGGACUUUUUCAGAUACUUUCCAACGAUGUGUUUUUCUGAGGAAUCUGAGGUUGAGAAUGAAGAUUAGUGAAAUAGUUACUGAAAGUAAAUCCAAAUCUGUCAUUGAUAAUUCCAGCAGAAUGGAAGCAGAUUAAUAGACUUUUUAAAAAAUAAGCUGCCCGGUCAUUGAUCUGAGUGGGUAUCGUUGGGAGACAAUAGGUGUUAUAGGUAAGCAUUAGGAAAGUGUCUUACAAAAGCCACAUGGCUAUCUUUAAGGAUAGGUUUGAAGGAGUAAUUGUCUAUGUGAUUUUUCAGCAAAAAAAAAGAAAUAAAAAAAAGAAGAAGAAAAAGAUGUCGUUCUUCAUUGGUAGUUGAUGCACAUAAAGAAUCAGCUUUGAGCGUGCAUAUUUUUGCACUCAUCACCAGUUCAAAAGAGUGGAUUAGAUUAGAGUAUUGUCUGUGGUUAUUAUUUUGUUAGCAUUCAAAAAAUGUUAGUAAAAAAAUGUAUGAAGCCCAUUACAUAUUUGGUUGGUGGAAUAGUUAACAAUAUAAGUUUGGUUGGUAGAAUUUGUUUUAUGUUUUUUGGGGCAAAGUUUAGAGUCUGCUUCUAGCCCAUUAUAUCUUUGCCUUUUUAUAAGUUAACAGCACUUAUCAAGAGGGAAAUGCUACGGUAUAUCUUAUUCAUGGGUGAUGCGAACUGAAGAGUAUAAGGUGUGUUUAGGAAAUACAUAACUAGGAAAAAUAAAAUACAUUGGCCUUAUUAGCCGAGGUACUUUUAGUGUAGGUGGAAAGAGAAUAGGAAAAAGGAUUUAUACUCGAUGAUCACCCUAAAGUUGGGCUGAAUGACCGAUAUGGGGCUAUUCUUGAUGGCUGACUUGCCCUGUCACAUGGACAACAAAAAAACGGGGUGCAUUCAGCCCAAGAGUGGCUAUUGUCUCUGAUAGAUACCACGUUUGAUUUUUCUGGGCGACGGUCUCAAAAUCAAGUGCCAUAUAUAUAAGCCCCCAUUUUUACAGGUUUGUUCUUCAGAAUGUAAACAGCCUGAGAAAAGUUGUUUUGAGAUGGUCGCUUGUAUGGCGCAAAGAAGAUCAGCUCAGCCAGCAGACCGUCCCCCUCUCUCUCUCUCUCUCUGAGCCGGCAGAGAGACUAGAAAGGGUUUUUUUUACGAUUUCUGUCACCUAUCCAUUGCAGCAGGCCCUCCCUUGCAUUGUUUCCGCGAUUUGUUAACUGGGGUGGGGAGUGGGCCCCCCCAUGGCUUAGAUAAAACUUAUUUUCAUUUUUUUUUAUCAUAGAUCUUAUUGAGUAAAAACUAUUUUAUUUAUCAAAGUUGUUUGUCAUUCCAUUUUGUCAAUGUGCGGAUUGCUCUCAUUCUUCAAUGGUUCUUCUUCUUCGAUGUAGUCUCGGCCUUUUGGAGUCUCCCUUCUGAUUGCUGGACACGAUGAGAACGGGCCCAGCUUGUGAGGCUCUCCCUCUCUCCCUCUUGUCUUCCUUGUGCAUUGGAUUCAUUACUAUGACUGGGUUGGUUGUCGUUGACCAUGCAUAAUCACCGCCCCAAGUGGUUGUCAUCCCGCUUCGUUGACUUGCUGCCUCCCACAACUUGGUUCGCGCAGGUACUACACCGAUCCUUCCGGCACAUUCUGGCAGUGCAAUGCAAAAGCCAUUGGAUCAGGUUCCGAGGGAGCUGAUAGCUCUCUGCAAGAGCAAUACAACAAGGUAAGGUCUUACGUGGGGCCCACUAUCGCGUGCCUUUUAAAAUGCUUGUACACCCCACCCCGUAUAAUGAAUGGGCGAUUGGGUUAUUUUAUUUUAUUUUAAUGUAGGAACUGAGCCUUCUGGAAGCGGAGACGAUAGCACUCUCUAUCCUGAAGCAGGUGAUGGAGGAGAAGGUACGUUCUCCUUCCUCGGUUGGAGUAUCUGCGGGAUUUCAUGGAAUUGACUCGAGAUCCGACGUGGCCAGGUGACUCCGAACAACGUGGACAUCGCGAAGGUGGCCCCCACGUACCAUCUGUACACCCCUGAUGAGGUGGAGGCCGUUAUCAACCGGCUGUAG